AUGAAAUUUUUGGUCGUUCUAUUAGCCUUGGCUGCAGCAUUUGACUACGAUGAGAGUUUGGCCAGUCAAUUGACAGCGUUCUCUUUUGGAGCCUAUUGUGAAAUUGAGGACAUAAAUAAUUGGAAUACAGGUGCAAUUAGUGAAUAGUAUCCUCACUUGACCAAAGUCUAGGUUUUCGAAAACGUUGAUAUGAAAACAAGAGGAUACAUAGCAUACAACUCAUAAACAUAGGCCAUCACCGUAGUAUUCAGAGGAUCGGACAACAUAAAGAAUUUCAUCGCCGAUAUUGAUACCAAGAAAACCAAUUUCAAUACAGCUUGCAGAUGCCAAGUACAUGAGGGCUUUUUGGCAGCAUACUCAUCACUCAAAAUACAUUUGGAUGGAUUACUUGGUGAAUAUAGGGUUAAAUAUCCAUAUGCUAAAUUCCAUGUGACAGGUCAUUCACUAGGAGGUGCCAUGGCUACCUUAUUUGCCAGUGAAUUGGCUAUGACUGGAGUCAAGGUGACUCUGGUUACUGUUGGUGCUCCAAGGGUAGGUGAUACUGAUUUUUAUGAUUGGUUUACUAAGCUAUAAGUGACCCAUACAAGAUUAACGAACAAGAAGGACAUUGCUCCUCAUCUACCCCCAUUCAGAUUUGGUUUCGAACACGUGAACACUGAGGUUUGGUAUUAUGACGGAGUUUCUUAUGUAAUUUGUGCAGAAGUCAAAGGAGAAGAUCAAACCUGUUCAGUUUCUGCCACAAGAACAAACUUGAAUGACCAUCAUUCCUAUUUGGGUUGGUCGCAAAGUUCUUGCAAUCCUGAACCUGUGAAGCAAAUUUCAGAAUGA